AAACAAAAAACUAAAACGAGAGCAAGUGAGCAACUCUUCGAAAUGCGUUUUCAAUUAAAUUUAAAAAUCUCAUUAUACUUUCUAAAUCAAGAAUAGUAAUCUUAUCUUAUUGCUUCUCAAUCUCCUCCAGAGAACUCUACCGUUCCUGAAAUUGCUGCUAUGGACGAUGCAAAAGCGCUUCAAUUCAUCGAAGAAGUGACUGAGAAUGCGGACAAGGUGCAGCAAACUACAUUAGCCGGAAUACUAUCCGAAAACAGAGAGGUUGAAUAUCUGAAGCGUUUCAAUCUCGAUGGCGCCACGGAUCGGGAGGCGUUCAAGUCAAAAAUUCCGGUGGUAACCUACGAAGAUAUCCUGCCUUUCAUCCGAAGAAUAGCCGACGGAGAUCGCUCCCCGAUUUUGAGCUCUCAACCCAUCUCUGAUUUCGUCAUCAGCAGCGGAACUUCAGGUGGCGAAGGAAAACUCAUUCCAGCCGUUAAACAAGAUCAGGAUAUCCGACUAUUGCAAUCCGUUCUUGCUCGUGCUAUUCUCAACCGGCACGUGAAGGGGCUGGACGAAGGGAAAUCCCUGCACUUCGUGUUCAUAAAGCCCGAGAGAAGGACGAAGGGCGGGCUCAUGGUCCGCUCCGUGAUCACCAGGUUGUUCAAAGUCGAUAUUAAAAAUAUGCCUGGUGAUGCAAUGAAGGCAUCAUCAAGCCCGUAUGAAGCCGUGUGCUGUGAGGAUAUAUUCCAGAGCAUGUAUACUCAGAUGCUCUGCGGGCUUUAUGAGCGGGAACUUAUUCUCCGAGUCGGGGCCGUAUUUGCCUCGGGCCUACUACGGGUCAUCAGGUUUCUCCAGCUCAACUGGCGAGAACUAACUCAUGAUAUCCGGACCGGGUCGCUCGACUCGAGAGUGGAUGAUCAAGCGAUCCGCGGGUGCAUGGGCCGGGUGCUGCGGGCCGAACCGGAGCUGGCUGACUUGCUAGCUCGGGAAUGCGAGAAGGAUAACUGGGAAGGGAUCAUCACUAGGAUUUGGCCUAAUGCCAAAUUUAUUGAGACGAUAGUGACCGGUUCGAUGUCACAAUACAUCCCAACCGUUGAUUACUACAGCGGCGGAUUGCCGGUGAUCAGCGCUAUGUACGUCUCGUCGGAGUGCGCAGUCGGAAUUAAUUUGGAUUCCUUCUGCAAUCCUUCCGAAGUCUCCUAUACGUUCAUGCCACAGGCAGCCUACAUGGAGUUCCUACCUCUCGACAACCCGGAGUUUUCUGAACCGGUGGACUUGGUGAAUGUCGAGAUAGGAAAGGAAUACGAGCUCGUCGUCACCACCUACAACGGUCUGUACCGGUACAGAGUCGGCGACAUUUUCCGAGUCACCGGGUUCCACAACUCCGCGCCGCAGUUCCGGUUCCUCGCUCGGCGGAAUGUCCUGCUUAGCAUCGACUCGGAUAAAACCGACGAGACCACUCUUCAGGGUGCGGUGGAGAGGGCGUACAAACUGCUCGACGAGUCCAAAGUGGUCGUGGUGGACUACACGAGCUACGCAGACACCGCGACGAUCCCGGGCCACUACGUGAUAUUCUGGGAGCUGCUGUUGAAGGAUCCGGAUGGUUGGCCUAGUGGCGAAGUGGUUGAGCAGUGUUGUCUUGCGAUGGAGGAGGCAAUGGAUUCGGUGUACCGGCAGGGUCGGGUGGUCGGCAAGUCGAUCGGGCCGUUGGAGAUUCGGAUUGUGGAGAGGGGGAGCUUUGAAGAGCUGAUGGACUAUGCUGUGGAGAAGAGGAGUGCUACUUUUAGUCAGUAUAAAACGCCCAAGUGUGUGAAGUUGAAGGAAAUGGUGGAGCUUCUCAACAAGAGGGUUGUGGCUGCGCAUUUUAGCACAGCUCUUCCACAUUGGGCGGCGGAGGAACGCCUCUGAUCUUAAUAUGUAUGAGUAUUUUUUGUAAUGCAACUUCUUGUGCAACAAUAUUGUAAUACUUACACUUGUAUUUGUAUAGGAACACUUAUUUGGUAAUCAGAGCUAUAUAUAUCUUGCUUCUUAUAUUA